CUCGUCGUGAAAAAAGGAGAGCACCCAUUCGCAAAAGGUGAAAAUUGUCUCGAAAAAGUAGCGAUUUUUGCGAGUGUUUUCGUUCAUUUUGAGUAGAAAAGUGAGCUAAACGGUGUCCUAAUUAGAUUACGUACGAAAUUUGUGUGUUUUGCGUCGGUACUGGAGCCCUUUCCCGUCGUUCGGGCUAAGAGGCCACUGCUGAAUGCCUCGAAUACGCUGCGCUGCCUUGAAACUGAGGCUCCCUUGUUCAAAGUGAAUAGACGUCGACGGUAAACGACGACGAAGUAGAAGAAACGGAGCCACAAACAGCAACAAUAGCAGCAUCAGCAUUUGCAACACCACUGCUAGAAACAGCCGAGAUGUUCAACAACUACGGCAACGUAAUGAUGACCGAUCAGUUCCGGAAGGUGGAGCAGUACUCACCGAAGUCGUCACCACGGGCCGGUGGCGCGGGAGGACGGUCCCCGGUUGUGGCCCGGCAGGACUCGUCCGGAACGCUUAAAACCACUAUUCAGCUCGGCAAAAAUCCGUCGAUAGUGCACAGUGGGCCUUUCUACCUGAUGAAGGAACCGCCAGGAGAAGGCGAACUGACCGGAGCAACCAACUUGAUGGCCCACUAUGGCCUGGAACAUUCGUACAGUAAAUUUAGUGGUAAAAAGGUAAAGGAGCAGCUCUCAUCGUUUUUGCCGAAUUUACCCGGCGUCAUCGAUGGACCAGGACAUCUCGACAACAGCUCACUUAGAAGCGUAAUCGAGAAACCACCAAUCGUUGGCAAAGAAUUACUUCCCCUCACGAGCGUACAAUUGGCGGGCUUCCGCCUGCAUCCCGGACCGCUCCCGGAACAGUAUAAGCACCUAAAAACGGCUCCCACUAGGAAGCAUAAGAAUAAGCAUAAGAAACACAAAUACAAGGAGGGUAUUGCGCCCCAAUCCGAACAGUCGUCGCUCGAAGCGUCCGGGCUGGAUACCCACGAGAAGAAGCACAAGAAGCAGAAGCGCCACGAGGACGACAAGGAGCGGAAAAAGCGGAAAAAAGAAAAGAAGCGCAAAAAACAGCGGCACAGUCCGGAGCAUCCGGGUAGUGGGGCUACCGCGAUGCCACCGCAAACGCAAGUCUUCUAAGUGUAAACAAGUGAAAAAACCAACAAAAGAAAUCAAAAUAAUGUGGAAAACAAAUUAUACACACCGCUGCAACAACAAGUAACAUCGUUAGUAGUUAGUAGUGCUAAGAAGAUAAAUUCAUUUCUUCUACGUUAAACCUCGAAUGGGUACCAGCCUGGUUUUCGAAACAAAGUAAAAACCCAUUCAAUCAUCGAUCUUGAAAUGAAUGAAAAAAAGUACAUAUAAUUAACAGUAUAACUAAUAUUGCAACAAGUAAAAACAAGAGAGCAUAAUUUUUAGGAAGCACCUAGUUUUCCCUUGUUUUGUUGAUAUAUAAAUAAUAUUUUUGAAGUGUUUCCUUACCACAAUUAUCAAUAAGUAAAGCAAACAAAUUAUCGAUCGAAUGUCGAUUGGAGAACAAUGCCAAUUUUUGAGAAUAGGGGUGUGUUAUAAAUGAUAAUUAAAAAUUACUAAUAUGGUUUACGAAAAUGAGAACAUCCUCGGUUCAGGCGCAGUGUCGCUAAUUUUUUGUAACGGAAAACAAAACAAACAAAAAAACUCUUAGCCAUGUAAGCUAAAGGUGAAGUGAAAAUACAUCCAGUUUUAGUUCUGAAAUAUUUUCUCUACACCCCACUGGUGGCACUGAACAAACCAGUCAGUCUGCCAAAUUUCCGCAACAGUCUUUCUUUGUACAGAAGUGAUUGACACUAUUCGUUCGCCGAUAGGUAAAAGAAAACUUAGUUUGAUCAUGUUUUAUCUCUUAACCCUGCCCAGAAAAUCCCCGGUUAGAUGAGACAGAGACGACUCCCGAGUCGGACGACAACGUGCAAACAAGCAUGAUUAACUUUUUAGUAACGUGUAUUUAUAAUUAUUAAUUUGAGUUAUUAUUUAAUUUUAUUUUCAUCUAGGAAUACAUUUG